AAUAAAAGUUAGUCGGUUGGUGAACAUUGCAGCGCAGUGUUUGCUGGAAGCGUGGUGGAUUUCGCGGCAAGAUUUGUUUAUCAUUUACGUACGUAAAUUUUAUCCAGUCGAACUACGGAACGAUUAUGGCUGAAUUAAGAGAUGGAAUUCUUUUAGGAUGCGGAAAUCCGCUAUUGGAUAUCUCGGCGAUUGUGGACGAAUCGUUUCUUUGCAAAUAUGAUAUGCUACCAAACAAUGCAAUCUUAGCUGAGGAAAAGCACAUGCCAAUGUACAAAGAACUUAUCGAAAAGUUCAAUGCUGAAUUCAUCGCUGGUGGUAGCGUACAAAAUUCUCUUCGUGUGGCACAAUGGAUUUUACAACGACCGAAGGUUGCUGUUUUUUUCGGUUGCGUUGGCAAAGAUCGGUAUUCAGAAAUCCUGCUUGAAAAAGCUACGAAUGAUGGAGUGAAUGUGCAAUAUCAAUUCUGUCCGAACACUUCAACGGGGACAUGUGCGGUGUUGGUAACUGGUACUCAACGUAGCCUUUGUGCAAACUUGGCUGCUGCAAAUAAUUUCACAGUGGAACAUUUGAAUACUCCAACAAGUCAACAAUUUCUGCAAAACGCAAAAUAUUUCUACAUCUCGGGUUUCUUUCUGACGGUUAGCAUCGAAAGUAUUCUUGUCGUGGCUAAACAUGCUCUAUCCAAAAACAGUCUAUUCAUGAUGAACCUUAGUGCACCGUUCAUCCCACAUUUCUUCAAGGACAAUCUGAAUCAAGCACUUCCCUAUAUUGAUAUUUUGUUCGGCAACGAAACGGAAGCCCUUUCUUUUGCUGAACAUCAAAAUCUAGGUACCGAUGAUCUGAAGGAAAUCGGGCUGAAAAUUGCAGCCUUGCCAAAACUGAACACCGCCCGAUCACGCAUUGUCAUUAUUACUCAAGGCAGUGAUCCUGUUCUACUGUUUGAAAAUAGCACUAUUACAGAAUAUCCGGUGAUAAAACUUGUAAGAGAACAAAUUGUAGAUACCAACGGUGCCGGGGAUGCGUUUGUGGGAGGUUUUCUAGCUCAGUUAGUUUUGGAGCAAAGCUAUGAAACCUGUAUCAAGUGUGGCAUAUGGACUGCACGUGAAAUUAUCCAAAGAUCUGGCUGUACAUUCGAUGGUGUACCUGAAUUUAAGGCAUAGGAUUUUUUUUUCUUUCGAACAAGUAGCACAUUUUGGCAGUGUUAACAUAAUCAAUAAAGUUUUAUUGUUAUACUUA